ACUGCAUUAUUAAACGUGAAUUCGUGAUUCAUUAUCUAUUUUCAUCGAGUUUUAUACGACUUUUUUUAGUUCGAAAACACAUUCGGCGUAGGGAUUUUCACGAUAAUGUGUUACCCUGGAGUGCAAAGGUUAGUUUUCAACGUUAUCAAUUUUUUCAUGGCUCAAUUCAUUCUUGUUAAAUUUUACCAACAGCAGACAAUUCGCUUCCAGCGAAAUAUUCAACGAAUUGCAAAAGCUUCGAGUUUUUUGUCAUUUUAAUACUGUGAGAGAUGAGCUUACCUAUCGUGAUCUUUUCGUGGUGAUUGGAAUUCAUCGUGUGUUGUGUGGUGUUUUUUUUUUAAAGUCAUCUUCUUCUGUAAAAUUGGCGAAGAAGAAUCGAAAAAACAACCAAAUUUGGAAGAAUGUGAUCAAUAAAAAGCAAUUUUUAAGGAAAUGGAUCAACCACCGAAACGCAAUGCGUUUAUAUUAUUGGUAAACGCGAUAUACACAUUUAUCGUAUUUAUCGGCUUUCUUCUAUUGAUACCGUUUUUAUGCCUCGUUUAUUUGUACGUAAAAAUCUGCAGAUUCCUAUGGCUUCGCAGAUUGACGAGAAGGUAUCCAGAUCUGGAGGUGGUCAGGCAUCUUUCAGUCAGAUCAGCCAUGGAUACAUAUCGGUGUCAAGGAAUCAUUAGCGUUCUCUUGCAAAUACGAGGGCAAUGCGAUGAGAAAUUGGUGAAGCAAAAGAUAAUGGAAGACGUAAUAGAGAAACAAAACCGCGACGGCACGUUGAGAUUUCCUCACAUGAAGACUAGUUUAACCCAAUGCUGGGGUCGUUACGCCUGGUUCAGGGAUAGCAGCGAAUUUGAUAUAGAAAAUCACGUCAUUCAUGUGACCAAUCCGACCUUAAGAAAUAGAAUCGUAACCAGCGAAAAUAUCCGAGAAUACGUUAGCGACGCCAUAACCAAAUAUUUACCACCUUGGAACAAAAUACCACCCUGGCAAGUGAUGCUAAUCACAACAGAACCGGAUAAAUUCUACAUCCUGGCUCGAGUCCAUCACCUUUACAUAUCCGAAGACGGUAUCAGCUUCAGCCAUUUACUGAUGGUCGACACCGAAGACCAAUCAGUUCUGCAACCCAUCAGCAACCCAAACGACCUAGACAGCAUCGAGAACAUCUUGCAAAGCGUCUUUCGCAAACCACGAUAUAUUCCAAUGCUGUAUAAUCGCAUACGUCGAUACUUCACCGAUAUCUGGGACGAUCUGAUGAAAGCUUACGAUCCUUUGCAGAACCCGUAUUUCUUGAAAUCCUCGCCUAAUAUAUUCCAAUUUUACAUGGUCUGCUUGGUCGCGUACCUCGCAACAGUAGUCGAGUACUAUCAAACCGAUCCUCGAGUUAAAUUCUCAGCAUUGAUGAGAGAUCAACUGAAACGAAGACAAAUCACGGUCAGAUUCUUCGUCAGGUGCUUCAUCAACACCCUGUAUCCUUUGGUUAUCAUCAAAAUCAUGGUCGCAUGGACUUGGUGGUUCUCGGUGAAAUGCGUGUUACAUUUGCCCAUCAGUAUACUGCAUAUUUUAUACGAUUCGCCUUCGUAUAUGAAAUGGUUUUUCGUACUGCUACGAUGCUGCGGAGAAGUGCUGUACUUACUCCAUCUCAUGUACACCGCUCCCAGAAUCUUGCUAGAUGAACUAAUCCUACCCAUGUUCCAUUUACCCAAACAUCAUCUCCAAAAAGUAUCUCUAUCCGGUCGAAAGCUAGUCCAUUGGACGGAUCCGAUACCGGUUGAGCAAAUACGCCGGAUUCGCGAUAAAACCGGUGUAGCAUCUUGCGAGAUACAGCUUUACUGCGUUUCGGCCGCUUUGAAUUAUUAUUUUCAAAGAAACAAUUUACCAUAUUGCGAUGAAAUUCUAACCACUGCUAGAUUCGUUCCCCAAGAACAGCUGCUGAGGAGUGCUAACCGUAUUUCGAGCGGAUUACUGUGUCUUUCGUUACCGAUGAACUUGCCAGAAGAUGAUGCUUUGUAUGGAUUGCACAUGAUGCAGUUAUCUUUGCAGGAUGCUUUGAGCAUGCAGACAGCGUUGUAUUUGGCGUCGCUUUCGCAAUACGAUUAUGGUAUUUUGACGACAGUAUUUCCAUCGAUUUUGGCCCGGAUCGUGUUGUACGUGUUGUCGACCAGGUAUUCGGUGAUGAUGACGCAGAUCGAGCCGCAUAAUAAGGAGAUGAGGAGGAGGAGGUUGAUUUGGGGCCAGGAAGUCGAGUCGUUUAUUUAUUGGAGGCCUCCGCAAGCGAAUGUUAGUGUGUCGAUGACGUUAAUAAAUUACGGCGACGAAAUACGAUUCGCAGUAAUGGCUGAUGCUGAAUUGGCUCCCGAAUUCAAAGAUAUCGUCGAUCAGUUCGUCAACUACUUGAAUAAAUUGUCCGAAGAAGCGGAAAACUACGUACCGGAAUACGUCGAAUAUGAACAAGAUGAUGCUGAAACAAGCGAACUUUGAAAACGAUAACUAUUCCAAUACACCUACGUAUCUUAUUUCACGAUGAUAAUUACAUUUUUUAAGUUGCUCGUACUCGUACCUAACUUACUAAUCUUACGUAAACAAUGGCUGUUUUUUUAAUGUGUAAAAAUAUGUAUUUUUCACUCGGUUAAUUUUCCGAUAUUAUUAUUGUUUGUAUUUUAACAAUGUUGUUUCGCGAAUACCUACGCGAGAGAUGAAUUUAUUACCGAGCAAAUUGUUUGCUAUGAUUUUAUUCACUCUUGUUUACACGAAAGCGGAAAGCUGAAAGCUGCGAAAUACUCGUAUAAUAUGAAAGUUCGUCUCUCUUUGGUGAAUAACCGUCUUUGGUGGCGUAUCUAGAUAUCUAGGAUAGCGGUGUACCUAUGUAUCUGGUGUAAUAGAAGGGAUAAUUAAUGUUUUUUCGAAUACGAAAAUGAAUGAAAUUGAUUUCAAUUUAAAAAUUGAAAGUUGAGGUUUACUACUAUGUCUACUUUACUAGAAUUCGUUCGAAUAAAAACUUUAUUCAUGUCUGUGA